AUGGCACCAAAACGAUCAAAUAAAACUAGGACGAAGAAACAGGAGAAAGCAGGAGGGUGCUUCAAUGACUAUUGGAGCAUUCUUAGACUGAGGGGCGGCAAUCCACCGCCACGAGAUACUAAGGGUCGAUUCGUGUCUGGAUCGGCACCUGACGAAUCCACGGAGGCCUCAACAGAAACCUCUACGAGGUCUCAGAUGAAAAAGGAGAACCGGGGAUCACUGCCGGACCUACGGGUGUCGCUCACCAGAUGCGACGAGCGACCCGGACUGGAGUCUGACUCAUCAGCAGCCACUAUGGAAACAGUGAGUUCCCGAGAAAACAUAAUUGUGGGAAAAUACUGGCGGAAGGGUGAAAAACGGCCCGCUGAUGACGGUAUCUCGGAUACUGACAGUGACGUGGCGCCCGUAGACGAGAUGCUGGCUAAGAGAAAGCCGUUCUUAAAGGCGUUGUCUAAACGAGGCAGGGGUCGGCCACCGACCACAGGCGAAUAUGUAGGCUUCGGAAAGCUGCAGGCCGAGCUGUCUGCUGAGAAAGCUCGCUUGGAACAGCUCAACACAGAGCAGGCGUUAGCGGCUUUCCUAGCCUCAUCAGAAGAAGCGGCGAGAGACAGGAGUGCUCGCUUGAUGAACCGACAGUCCCAGUCUCCCGACUGCAGUGUGGAAAUGGAAACUGCAGUUGCGAUUGAGGACAAGGUUCGGGCCGCCCUUAACGCGGUGACCCACGUGAUGAGCAAGUCAGGGCACUUAAAGGGCACAUACCAAAAGCUUCUGAAGGACUCGGUUACCACUCUCGGUGGAGCCUUCGCAGAGUUGAGGUCACGCACUACGUCGGAUGAAGUUGCGCGCCUCGAAGCGGCGAAUAUGCAGCUCAAGACCCAGCUAACGGAGCUACGGAGGCAGGUUCAAGAAAUCCGCAACCAGCCUGCCGUAGCAACUGAUGCCGAAAUAAAAAAGAUUGUAGAGGAAGCGCUGCGUAGUAGCACGGCGCAAUUUAGCAACAUGCUGAACGCCAGGCUGGAGGGCAUUGAAUGUCGCCUCCUCCCCGAGCCACGGUUGCGGCCACCUUUGGCUUCGGACCGGCGUGAAGAACAGGACGUGUCUGGCCACCCUGAAUUGGAUGACCAAUCUAAUCGUGCAGGAGGAAUAGCAGCGGCUACCCAGCCUGCCACAUCAGGUGUCCAACAAGGGGCCAAAUCAAAAACAAGGCGCAAGAAGACUACUCUAGCUGCUAAAGAAGCUGCUGGCGCUAGAGAAGUUCAACAGGAAUCAACAGCUGCUGCUGCGGCUCCAACAGCUCCAGCAGCUGCUCCGGCGAAUCCUCCAAGUGGGAGCUGGAAAGACGCACUAGGCAGGAAGGCCAAAAAAGCCAAAAAGCCGACAGCUCCUGCAACACAGGCGUCCAAGCCGGCACGUAAGCGUAAACUGCAGCCUCCGCGCACCGCUGCAGUUACUCUUACGCUCAAACAGGAAGCUGUCGACACCGGCGUAAAGUACGAAACGAUCUUAGCUGAUGCGAAGAAGAAAAUCAAACUGGAGGACAUAGGAAUUUCCUCUCUCCGCUUCCGGACAGCAGCUACUGGAGCGCGCAUGCUGGAGCUUCCUGCUGAUACAAAAGAUGUCGAAACUGCGGCUGAAGCUCUGGCUGCGAAGCUGAGGGAGGUUCUGGAUCCUAACAUGGUCCACAUUCAGCGACCGAUUAAAUGCGCUGACAUCCGCGUCAUGGGGCUGGAUGAUUCAGCGACCGCUGAGGAAGUCGUAGCGGCCGUGGCUGAGCUCGGGAACUGCGCUGCUGAGGCCGUCAAAUCCGGCGUGAUAUCGCGCAGCCAGAAUGGCUCCGGGACGCUCUGGCUGAGCUGUCCAGUGGCUGCCGCCAAAAAGGUCGUAGAGGCAGGCCGACUCAAAGUAGGCUGGAUCUCGGCGCGAGUCGUCCUGUUAGACGCCAAACCUCUUAGGUGUUACCGCUGUCUGGAGACAGGUCACGUUGGAGCCAAGUGCGAAAAGGGCAUCGACCGGAGUAACAUCUGUUAUCGCUGUGGGGAAUCCGAUCACAAGUCACGCGAGUGCAGGGCCCAACCGAGUUGUGCCGUUUGCAAGGCAGCUGGGAAACCGGCUGAUCAUCCGAUUGGUGGCAAAGGGUGCCAGAAUAAUAAUAAAGUUCGCCCGAAUAAACAAGCCGUGAAGAAGACAGGAGCAGGUCAAGAAACACCUCCGCCUUCCCAGCAAAAUGCUGCGCCGGAAACCAUGGACACCGCCCAAUAA